ACACCCAUCCCCAGGAAGCAACCAUCGCGUCCUACAAGUAUCCGGCGGCAUGGACCCCGAACACAUGGACGUCGAGGAGACGGUCCUCUUCAUUACCGAGAACCUCUUCGAGCCCGCUGAGAUUACCGGUUCCUCCAAGCUGCAUGACGACCUGCGGCUUGACGACGACCGGAUGGCUGAGCUGCUUGGAGAGUUGAAAAAUGCAUUUGGCGUCGAUAUCCCGCUUGAGCGCGCAGAGGGGCUUACGACAGUCCAGUCUCUGGUCGAAUAUAUCGAGGAUGAUAUUAAUACGGACGAGGUUUGGGAGUAGCUUAGUUGUGAUGGAGUUAAUAGGUGCAGAAGGGAUGUCCGAUUGCACACAUGGCAUAUGCGUAUUUUGGGAAAGAGUCCAAAUGUCCAAAUGAAGCCGAGGCUGGGGAGGCGGAGAGCACCAAAUGAUUGGCCGGAGUAGGUGUUUUCCAGUACUUACCUCACCAC